GCAUUAAUAAAUAAUUUUGAACAGUGAUUAAAAAGAUAAAAAGUGAAAAAGUAAAUUGUGAAUUUCAAAACUAAUUACAAUUUAAAAAAAUACAUAUAAAUUAAACAUAAGACAAAACUCUAAUUCAUUUGAAUUCUAACAAUAAUGGGGGACGCGGAGGCGAUGCGACCACCCAUAAGUGGACCACGGCCACCGUUCCCCGGCGGUGGCAUGCCGCCACGUCCGAUGGCUGCUCCACCACGCGCUCCUAUGAAUAUGGCUGGAGCACCCGGUGGACCGCCGCCCAGAGCAAUGCCACCACCGUUGCGUAAUACAGACAGCAGAGGAAAUCUGUUGAUGGGACCCGGACCGGGUGGCCAACGUCUACCACCACCACCUUUACAAAAUCUACAAAUGCGUCCGCCUAGCGGUAAUGGCGGACCAAUGAGUCCACCUGGACAAGGUCAACCACGACCGCCCGGCGCGUAUCCAUGGUCCGGCGGAGCACCAGGACAGCAAAUGCCUGCCGGUCGUCCACCAAAUCCCUACCCUGGGAAUCCACCCACACGCCCGCCAUUUGCACGUCCACCUGGCGCUCAACAACCACCGCCACGUCUGCCUUACCAACAACACGCACAACCGCAGUCACAGCCGCCUCAGCAACCGCAACAACAGCAACAGCAACCAUAUCAGCAAUCACCCACACAACAGCAGCCACCACCACGUCCGCCCUCAGCCGGUUCAAAUAAUAAUGAAGAUGACGAUGAUGUGGUCAUGGGUCAGGCGAUAACACCACGUAAAACGCCGAAUCUGAAUGAAGAUCCAAUGGGUCCAGCGCUGUCGGAAGAUAGAGUGGACACGCUCAAAGAUACCUACGGCAUGGGCGAGACACUUGCACCCAUAGCCGAGGUGAAUGCGAAUGGUGUGAAAAAAUUGUCGAGCAUACAGGAAAUGCUCAGCAGCGGCGCGGAGAACGAAAAGCAACAAAGAGAGGGUGUACACAAGGGGGACAAUGACAGCGGUGUUGAUGAGUCUACUCAAGAGAAGGAACGCAACGGCCCAGGUUCGCCAAGUUCUCCGGCUAAGACACCGACGUCUACCACUUCAAAGGGCGAGAAGACAGGCGCCUCUCGUCCGCCGAGCGCAACGCCAUCGAACAAAUCGUCCAAAUCACGUUCGACAUCACGAAAUCGCUUGUCAUUGAAGACUCCCGAACCGGAGCCAGUUAAAAAAGUACCAAUGAAUAAAAUACAAGUCGGUCACGCUCCUUCACCCAAUCUCAAAGCCGUGCGUUCCAAAAUUGGUUCGCUGGAUAAUGCUGGCUACAAGCCGGGCGGUGGGAAUGUCAAAAUCGAGAGCAAGAAAAUCGAAAUAAAAGCCGCGCCCAGAAUUGAGGCGAAAAAUGACAAGUAUACGCCACGUGGCGGAGAAAAGAAGAUCAUUUCGACAAAGCUACAGUGGAAUGCCAAGUCGAAAAUUGGCUCCUUGGAGAAUGCCAAUCAUAAGCCGGGCGGCGGCGAUAAGAAGAUCGAAACAAUUAAAACGGACUUCAAAGACAAAGCCAAACCGAAAGUCGGUUCGAAGGAUAAUGUUAAGCACGCUCCGGGCGGUGGUGAUAUUAAGAAAUCGCAAAUCUUGAAGGAAAGCACAACCGCCAAGGAUAUACAAACUCAAAAGAUAGAACUUAAGGCACAAAGCAAAGUGGGCUCUUUGGAUAACAUUAAGCACAAGCCCGGUGGUGGGGAGCGAAAAAUUUUCGAUGAUAAGGACUAUCUGAAAAAUGUUGAGCAUACAGUUGCACUGACACCACCGACACAGUUCCCGCAGGGACGCCUUAUAGCCACCAUCCACCUAGAAUUUGGCCUUUGCAAUUCAGACUGUGUGUGUAAUGAAAUAUUUCAAUCGCUCUUUAAAUGAAUUUACUUGCAAAAUGCUUUGCCAAAACAACUACAACAACAAGCAUAAAGUUUACAUUUAUAAAAAAAUACAUACAUACAUAUAUAUUUACAUAGUAAAUUCAUAACAAAUAAGGCAAAAAAAAAGAAGUAAAGUUAAAGCAAAAGCGUAAAUUUUAACGAAAGCAAUCGGGCUAAAAUAGCAAAUAACUAAAAAUGGCACCUAAUUUUGCGCAAUUAGCAAAAUGCGAUUUUGUACCUUUAAACUUUAAAAUUACGUCACAAGAACGCUUAGCUCACUAGCGCUACCAAUAACUAGAUAAAAAAAGCAACAAAAAUUUGCAUAGAAAAAGAAAAAAAAUGUUGUUGAAAUAGAAAGUAUUCGAAAUGAAGUGAAAAUAGACUAAAUGAUAGGUCCACAAAGCACACAAACACACAAAUACAACUUAGGUUCGCUCCAAGCGAACUUAGGGCAUUUCCAACUCAAAACACGCAUACACACACACACAAAAACGGAACGGUUAACACAAAAGUUGAAGCAAAUUGUACAAAAAAAAAACAGAAAAAAAUUAUUUAUGCCAAAUGAGAAUUUAUUCACUUAAACUUAGACAAUAUUUGUUUUGUUUGUUCAAAUGCAAACCUUAAACAGAACUUACUGACACUAAAUAUGCUAUAUACAAUCCUACAUACAAAUGUAUAGACAUGCACACACACUCAUACAUACAUAUAUAUCUACACAUCUACUUAAGUAUACACGUAGGUGACAGUAUUUUCUAUUUCUAAGUACUUAGGCUAGCCAAUUACGUCAGAUAACUAUUUUAAGUGAGACUCAAAAGCAUAUAAUAUACUUACAUACAUAUAUAACUGUUUCGAACACUCGUUAAAGUAGCAAAAUAAGGGCUGAGUGGCAGCUAAAGCAGCCAGGCCAACGCUGAAAAGCCAACAGCACGUUUCUUCUGCGUUAUUUCUUAAAUUUAAGUUAAUUAGUGUGUACAAUUUGUAGGUAUUUUUAACAAAAUUAUAUAAUUGGGCGCAUUGAUCCUUGAGAAAAUUAACCAAUUCAAGUAAUUGCUUGAUUUUCCAUAUUAAAUAUUUUGGAAAUAACAUUUUAAUCAAACCACUUUAAGUGUGACCAUUUGUAGUUUAAGAACGCGUGAGAUUAUUUUUAUGUUUUUUUUUUAAUAUAUUUCCAUUUUUUUUCUACACUAACAGAAACAAUCCUGCCAAAUAAUAACAUACUCAUCCACUCAUAGACAUUUUUUAAAUGUAGUCUUAGUGCCUUACGUAGUAUUUCCUAAUUGAAUU